AUGCACGAAGUCGACUCCGCCGCCGCCGCCGCGACAGAAGAAGACCACGCCCUAACCGUCCAACAAGCCCUCAUCACCUACCGCCCCGCCGUCCUCUGGUCCUUCGCCAUCGCCCUCGUCAUCGUCAUGGAAGGCUACGACACGGUCCUCAUCCAAAGCUUCUUCGCCUACCCCGCCUUCAACCGCAAGUACGGCGAGUACGACGCCCGGCUGGGCGAGACGGUCAUCAGCUUCACGUGGCAGAUUGCGUUUGGGAUGGGCACGCUGCUGGGGCAGACGAUUGGUGUGUUCGUUGGUGGGUUCGUUAUCGAGAGGUUUGGGGUCCGGAGGGUCAUCAUGUGUGGGAUGGUUGUUCUGACGGGGACGAUCUUUUGUACGUGCUUUGCGGAGACGAGGGAGGUUUUGCUGGCGGGACAGGUUUUGAAUGGGCUGCCGCUGGGGGCUUUUGCUUCGAUUGGGUCGAUUUAUAUUUCUGAGGUUUGUCCGACUGUUUUGAGGGCGUUCUCCUUGUCUUUUAUCAAUGCGUGCUGGGUUAUUGGGCAGCUGCUGGCCGCUGGAGUGUUGCAGGGGCUUGUCAGCAAUACCACAGAAUGGUCAUAUCGCAUUCCCUUCGCCGUCCAAUGGGUCUGGGUCAUCCCCCUCGCCCUCCUCGCCUUCCUCGCCCCAGAAUCCCCCUGGUGGCUCGUCCGCAAAGGCUGCCUCGAAGACGCCGCCACCUCCAUCCGCCGUCUAACAUCCAACCUCACCGAGCAACAACUCGAACAACACCUCGCCAUCAUGAAGCACACCAACGAGCUCGAGCUCUCCCUCGACACCAAGGCCAGAUACCGCGACUGCUUCACGCCGCUCAACAGGUGGCGCACGGAAAUCGCUUGCGUCGUCCUCGCCUCGCAGGCUAUCAUCGGGCAGGCGUUCGCGUAUAAUGGGACGUUCUUCUUCGUGCAGGCUGGGCUGUCACCUGAGGUCGCUUAUAAGCUCAAUCUAGGCUCGACGGGUAUCGCGCUCGUCAUGACAUUCCUCUCGUGGUGGUUCAUGUCCGCCGCUGGUCGAAGACCUCUCCUCAUCUUCGGUUACUCCGUGCUGGCCGUACUCCUCCUGCUCAUAGGCUGUCUAGACUUCGCAGCGAAGUCCUCCAGCGCGGCCAAGUGGGUUCAAGUCGGCUGUACGAUCGCCUGGCUGGCUGUGUAUACCGGCUUCGUUGGCCCAGAGACCUUCACCGUCGCGGGAGAAGCAUCAGCCACUCGCGUCCGCGCCCACACCCUCUCCGUUGGCCGCAACGUGUAUUACCUCUGCAGCGUGGCCCUCGGCGUCAUCAACAGCUACCUCAUUAACCCAACCGGCGGGAACUGGAAAGGCAAAUGCGGCUUCCUGUGGUUCGGCACCACCGUUCUCGUGCUCAUCUGGGCCGUGUUUCGACUGCCAGAAACCAAAGGCAGGACGUAUGAGGAGUUGGAUAUUUUGUUUGCGAAGGGGAUUCCGGCGUGGAGGUUCAAGGCGCAGAGGGUGGAUGCUGUUGUUGAGGCGACGUAUGCGGUGAAGGAUGUGAAGAGCGGGAAGGAGUAG